AUGCUUCCUGCAUCUACUUUCAAUCGUAUGCUGAGUGAACUGUCUCCAGGACUCUCGAAACGCUUUUUUGCAUGCAGCAGUCGCAGCCACUAUGGACUUCGGACCGAGUCGCAGUCAACUCAUAAGAUCCAAGGUCUGGCGCCGUCAGCAAGGACGCCUGGCCUUGCAACAAGGCAAUUCAGCUCACGGCGGUCGACUUCAACGAAAAUAAAAUAUGAAUGGCCAUCUGCGACGAACUCCAUCCCUCGCUUCCGGUCGAACCGAAAUAUCAACCCCAAAUGGACCAGACCUUUCUCUGCAUCUGCGCGAUCAAGAACCGCCGCUGCCACGGACAUAAUUGAAAAUGCCGCUAAGAGUGAGGCAGGCAGGGCUUCAUCUUUCCCUAAGACAUCGACCAACGCGGUGGCAUAUUGGCUCCUCGGUAGUGCGGCAAGCGUCUUUGGAAUUGUCGUCUUUGGCGGCUUGACCAGACUGACAGAGUCAGGAUUAAGCAUUACCGAAUGGAAGCCUGUUACCGGCUCUCUCCCUCCACGCUCCCGGGAAGACUGGGAAGCCGAAUUUGCCAAGUACCGAUCAUCGCCAGAGUUCAAAAUCCUCAAUUCUCGAAUGACACUCGAAGAGUUCAAAAGCAUAUAUUGGAUGGAAUGGAUCCAUCGACUCUGGGGACGCUUUGUGGGCCUCAGCUUUGUACUACCCGCUGUCUACUUUGUGACGAGGAAGAAGGUGUCCAAACCUAUGGCCUGGAAGCUAUUCGGCAUUGCGGGACUGAUCGGCUUUCAAGGUUUCAUUGGCUGGUGGAUGGUGAAGUCGGGCUUAAAAGACGAUCUGUUUGCAUCUGGUUCACAUCCCAGAGUCAGCCAGUACAGACUCACAGCCCACUUGGGCGCAGCCUUCAUCUGCUACCUGGCCAUGCUGUGGAACGGGCUGGAUAUUCUUCGCACGAACAAUCUUCUGUCGAAAUCCCCUCAAACAUCCUCCUCCAUCUUGUCUCAGCUCCGUAAUCCGGCACUCAAAUCAUUCAAACGAUCUGUUGGUGCGCUUGCAGCGUUGGUGUUCAUUACUGCCAUGUCGGGCGGUCUCGUGGCCGGCCUGGACGCUGGAUUGAUCUACAACGAGUUCCCGUACAUGGGCCUGGGAUUGACACCACCGAAGUCAGAACUCUUUGAUAAGUUCUAUUCUCACCGUGAAGAUCAUAGUGAUUUAGUGUGGCGAAAUUUCUUGGAAAACCCGAGUUUGGUACAGCUCGACCAUCGCAUACUGGCAACUACCACGUUUUCGGUGGUCAUGGCUAUGUGGGCGUGGACAAAGUACUCUGCACAACUAAAGCAGGCUUUGCCUCGUGCAGCCGCCAAGGGAAUGCAUGGAGUUGUUGGGUUCGUGUGGUUGCAGGUCAUUUUAGGCAUCACCACACUGCUAUACCUCGUGCCAACUCAUCUGGCAAGCACUCAUCAAGCAGGUUCCUUGGCACUGUUGACAUGGACGAUUGUCUUGGGCUCACGAGUCUGGUUGCCUUCGACAAUGGUACAAAAGAUCGUGGCUGGAAGGAUGAGAUCUGCUGUAGCGGCGGGUGGCAAGGUGCAAGAUCAAGGAGCUGGAGCUCAAGUCAGCAAUGCUACUCAGUCGGCGCUCUUAAAUGGCGCCACCAACGGUCAAGCAAACGCCCACGUUGCCAGCAGCCUUGCAGCAGGUGGAAUUGGUCUGAUUCCCUUGGGGCUGUGGUUUGUAAGUAAUAAUGAGAAGGCAACGCAGCAAGGACUCAAUCGCGGCCGAAAACCGCAAGUAGAGUUCUUGCAGAGGCAAUCCGGGAAAGGGGCAUAG